UCUACCUGAGAAACUGUAUAUUUUGUCCUCUUUCUUCGUCCGUCACGUUAAUAGUGUUUGGUGCCACGGGCUGUCGGUCUAGUGAACAUAUACAAUUUUCGUAUCUGUAAUCAACAAUGCUUUUUUGUUGUUGUAUUAACUAAACCUUACCAUCGAUCAGAGUAAACACAUCUGGACGAAUAAACUUCGCCUGUGGGUCAAACGACUAUUGGAGGGGCGAGUGUUUCGAAAAUUUCUCCUGAAUCAUUGGUAUAAAUAUAGUUUUCCAAAAUCACUGUCGUCUUCCCAAUAAAAAAAGCAAGUACCUUCUCUCUAAAUCAGUCACAUGCAACGCUACGAUGACCAGGAUUCCUGGAGGAUGGACUUGCCUUUGUUAUUCCCUCCUUUUAUAAAAGGAAAACAUCCCUACGCGACUCUUCAUUGUGAUCGCCAAUAAUUUGGACUAUAGUUUCGAGAUGCUGACUCGCAAGUUGAAACAAAUUGGUUUGUCGCGGCUUGUCGAUGGAAUAUUGUGAAUCCACCUUAUUGAAGAGUAGUCAUUUUUUGUUGAUCUACAUUGCUGAACGACACACACUAUCUCUAGGUCGUCUUCUGAAGUUUCAUCAUGGUUGUCAAUGUUUACAUCGAUUUCCAGUCACAACCUUGCCGUGCUCUCGUUAUCUUCCUAAAAAACACCAAGAUCCCUUUCGAAAUUAAAGCAAUCGGUAUUACAAGAGGUGAUCACAAGAAACCUGAGUUCGGAAAAGUGACUCCUCUGCAGACAGUACCUGCUAUUCAAGAUGGUGAUUUCAGCAUGGGGGAAACCGUGGCGAUUAUUCGGUAUUUGUCAACGAAGUAUUCGGACUUAGUCCCUGACCACUGGUAUCCAAAGGACCUGGAAAAAAGAGCCAGAGUUGAUGAAUACAUGGCCUUUCACCAUACAGGAACACGUGGAGGAUGCUGUGGGAUAUUCAUCAGUGAGGUGAGUUAAAAGCAUUAUGCAAAAAGAAAUAUCAUUUGGUUGUCCUCGACCGCCCGCUCGUCAUUUUCGGGCCGCU